GAAUCUGGCAACAAAUUCUCGAUGAAGGAAGGUGUUAGUGAAAAUGUGAUGGAUAAAUGGAUUGAAUCUUUUACAAACAGUCUCGUGCGCUUUGUUCGUAAAGAAAUGUCGGAAUAUCGUCUUUAUGCCGUUGUUGCUCCUCUGACACGUUUCUUCGACACACUUACUAAUUGCUACAUUCGCCUGAAUAGAAAGCGAAUAAAGGGAGAUUUUGGUGCACAUGAACAGACUCAUGCCCUUUCCGCAUUAGGUCGUGUUCUUACACUAAUUGUACGACUCAUGUCACCUUUUACGCCAUUUUUCUGUGAGUACAUUUGGCAGAAUCUUCGCAAGGUAUCUGGCGCCCCUGAGGAAUCGGUGCAUUACACCCUUUUACCAACUCCUGAUGACAGUCUUAUUGACGAGUCGAUAGAGCGCAGAGUGGAAGCGAUGAGAAGUUGCAUAGAUCUAGUCAGAGUGCUUCGUGAACGUAAAGCAAUACCAGUCAAGUAUCCGUUAAAAGAAAUGAUUGUUGUUAACCGCGAGAGUCAGUUCUUGGAGGAUCUUAAGAGUCUUGAACAUUAUAUUUUGUCGGAAGUUAAUGUGCGUCAGUUGACUGUAUCACAGGACAAGCAAAAAUACGGCAUAACUCUCAAGGUGAGAGCUUUUGGCAUUUUUGCGUAA